CCACAGGUCCUGGAAGACAACGACUACGGGCGGGCGGUGGACUGGUGGGGGCUGGGCGUGGUGAUGUACGAGAUGCUGUGCGGGCGCCUCCCGUUCUACAGCCACGACCACGAGCGCCUCUUCGAGCUCAUCCUGCUCGAGGAGCUGCGCUUCCCCCGCUCCCUGGGGCCCGAGAGCCGCUCCCUGCUGGCCGGGCUGCUCAAAAAGGACCCGAAACAGAGGCUGGGCGGGGGCCCCGGCGACGCCCGCGAGGUGAUGGCGCAUCGCUUCUUCGCGGGCAUCGAUUGGCUGGCCGUGCUGCAGAGGAAGCUGGUGCCGCCCUUCCGGCCGCAGGUGACGUCGGAGGUGGACACCAGGUACUUCGACGAGGAGUUCACGGCGCAGAGCAUCACGGUCACGCCCCCCGAGAAGUGUGAGACACCUGAGUUUACCUGUGCUCACCUGAGCUCA